AUGAAGGCCGCACAACCUGCAACCACCUGGUCUGUCGGCAAUCGAUUGAAUUUCGGAGUGAUUCCACAAGCGGGCCAAAAAAAAUCCAGUGCUCUAGAAUGCAUUCUUCCCUGUUUUGUGCGUGCAUUUACUUCUUCGGUCUGGUCACCACAUCCUUCUCCAGUCCAUAUCCUCCACCGAUCAGCGGCGAGAAAAGCCGCAAGUGCACACGGUAUUCCAACAUCCAAGGACCUAACACCACAUGUAAUGAUGAUCCUCAUCAAGUCUGUACGGGAGGCUGUACAGGAGCAGUCGGCGAUGGCUAGCCAAUGUACCAAGGAAGGCGACCCGUCAGUCCAUUCAGAGCAACUGAUGUGUACGAUCAGCUAUAGCCAGCCGAGCCUGGAGCACGGAGUGUGUGUCAACGAUCAAGGCACUUUCUUUUGUGAGGGGAUCCCACAGGGUGAAGCUACUUGUUCAGCAUGUGCCUUCGUCGCCAACGAGCCUGAUGUCGGCGUUCCUCAUGUCUCCAAUGCGACUCAUCCAGACCCGAUAACCCGCUCUCCUUCUCAACCGCAACUCUGCCGACAGGAGCCCAGCUCACAGUCUCCGGCUCAAGCUUCUUCGGGCUAA